AUGGUUAAACAUAGUAUCAUCGCCCUUGCCGAGCAUGCAGCUUCCAGAGCUUCACGAGUUAUUCCUCCAGUAAAGCUGGCGUACAAAAAUAUGCUUAAAGACCCAUCUCCUAAGUACAAGCCGUUCAAGGCUCCCAAGAUGUCCAGUAGGCAAUGGCCGGACAACCAAAUCACGAAGGCUCCCCGUUGGUUGUCGACCGAUUUAAGAGACGGUAACCAGUCGCUACCGGACCCCAUGUCAGUUGAGCAGAAGAAGGAAUACUUCCACAAGCUGGUCAACAUAGGGUUCAAAGAAAUUGAAGUUUCCUUCCCAUCUGCAUCGCAGACGGAUUUCGACUUCACUAGGUACGCCGUGGAGAACGCUCCAGACGAUGUUAGCAUUCAAUGUCUUGUUCAAUCCAGAGAGCAUUUGAUUAAGAGAACUGUCGAGGCAUUGUCCGGUGCUAAGAGGGCCACCAUACAUACCUAUUUGGCUACAAGCGACAUGUUCCGCGAAAUCGUGUUCAACAUGUCCAGAGAGGAAGCCAUUUCCAAAGCCGUUGAGGCCACCAAACUGGUCAGGAAACUAACUAAGGAUGACCCUUCACAACAAGCUACCCGUUGGACAUAUGAAUUCUCCCCUGAAUGUUUCAGUGAUACUCCUGGUGAAUUUGCCGUUGAGAUUUGUGAAGCUGUGAAGAAUGCGUGGGAACCCACUGAGGAGAACCCAAYUAUUUUCAACCUGCCUGCCACCGUGGAAGUAGCCUCACCAAACGUUUAUGCUGACCAAAUUGAAUACUUCUCUACUCAUAUCACUGAACGUGAAAAAGUUUGCAUAUCCACACACUGUCACAACGACCGUGGUUGCGGUGUUGCAGCCACAGAACUGGGAAUUCUUGCCGGUGCUGAUCGUGUAGAAGGUUGUCUCUUUGGUAAUGGUGAACGUACCGGUAACGUCGAUUUAGUCACUGUGGCCAUGAACAUGUACACUCACGGUGUCCCCCCUAAGUUGGAUUUCUCAGACUUAACUUCCGUCCUAGACGUGGUUGAACGUUGUAACAAGAUCCCUGUGUCUCAAAGAGCUCCAUACGGUGGUGACCUGGUUGUCUGUGCUUUCUCCGGCUCCCACCAAGAUGCCAUCAAGAAGGGUUUCAAUGUGCAAAACAAGAAGCGUGCUCAAGGUGAGACACAAUGGAGAAUCCCUUACCUGCCACUAGAUCCAAAGGAUAUUGGCCGUGAUUACGAAGCUGUCAUCAGAGUCAACUCCCAAUCCGGUAAAGGUGGUGCCGCUUGGGUCAUCUUAAGAUCCCUAGGCUUAGAUCUCCCAAGAAACAUGCAAAUCGAAUUCUCCAGCACCGUUCAAGACAGUGCCGAUUCCUUGGGCAGAGAACUGAAAUCAGACGAAAUUUCCAAGUUGUUCAAAGAAGCUUACAAUUACAACGAUGAACAGUACCAAUCUAUCAGCUUAGUCAACUACAAUGUGGAGAAGUUCGGUACCGAACGCAGAGUGUUUACAGGUCAAGUCAAAAUCGAUGACCAAAUCGUCGAUAUCGAAGGUACAGGUAACGGUCCAAUCUCUUCUCUAGUCGAUGCUCUAUCCAACUUGUUGAAUGUGAGGUUCGCUGUGGCAAACUACACGGAACAUUCCCUAGGGUCUGGUUCCGCCACCCAAGCCGCUUCCUACAUCCACUUAUCCUACAGACGCAAUGCAGACAAUGAAAAAGCUUACAAAUGGGGUGUCGGUGUCUCAGAAGAUGUCGGCGACUCUUCAGUAAGAGCUAUCUUUGCUACCAUCAACAACAUUAUUCACUCCGGUGACGUGUCUAUUCCCUCUGUGGCUGACGCUAAGGCGGAGAAUAAAAGUGCUGCAGCAUCGGGCUCAGCAUAG